UUUGCGUUCUCUUUUUCUAUUUUCUAUAUUGUAUGUGGCACAUGCUGUAGAGUGUGUGCUGUAUUUCGUUAUUUGUUAUUUUGUAAAGUUUAACGGUUUUUAUAUCCAACUGCAAAAAAAAAUAAUAACAUUGCUUUGAUUAGAAAAAUUAAAAAUUAUCAUUUGUUCUAUUAAAUUUUGUAGCAAUUAAUUGCAAAGAAACAAAUAUCGUUUCUUUGUAUUCAAAAAUUUAACAUGAAAACUGAACACUCAACAAUUGUUUCAUCAACAACAUCAAAAUCAUUUGAGAAAAAAAGUACAAAAACAUUUGAAACAGCAGCAAGAGAUAAAGAAAAUCUUGUUAGAGUAAGCAGAGUAUUACGUUCAACGAGUGGCCCAUUAAAGGCCAUGUCAAAAGAAGAAAUGUCUGGACAAAUAAAAAUAGAAACUACAAAUGAAAAAACUAAAAAAAUAACAGAAGUUGGAAAAGUUAAUAAAAAAUCACCAGCUAAAAAAGUAUCACAAAAAUCAGCUAGUCAACGUGGCAAAAUAAAAAUUAAACAUGAUGAUUUAACAACCGAAGCUGAACCAAGUGAAAAUUAUUACAAAGUAUUAGCUGAAAAAAGAAGAAUAGCACUUGAUAAUGCACUUGAAGAAAAACAUAUAUUACAUGAUAAAAUUAAACAAUUAGAAGAAGAAAAUCGUUCUUACAAAGAAAUGUUGGAUGAAUCACGAGCACUUGUAGAAGUUCUUCAGGAAAUGCUUGGUGAGGAUCAACCUGACAUCAAUAAUUCCUUGGACGACAGUGUUCUUUAAAUCUUCAAAAAUAAUAUCUAUACUUAAUUUCAAUUAUUUAUUUUUCUUUUAAUAUUUACUAAACAUUUUAAUGAAAAAAAAAAAAUAAUAAAUCUAAGCAAAUAAUAAAAACGUAAAUAAACUUUUAUAUUGCUGAAAAUAAUCAGUGUAAAAUUGACGUCAUCAUCAAAUUAUUUUGACAUACGUGUUAUUAAAUUCUAACAAUAAAAUUAUAAAGUCAUUAGUCAACUAACAGUUCAUAAUACAAUAACAAAAAAAAAAUUC